UGCAGUCAGAAAGUAGGUUGGAUUUUCUCAAUCAAGAUACAGGCAAGAUAUCUUAAAAUUCUAAUCCUAAUCCAGCCAAAUUAAGACAACUAAGUUCUUUCAAUGUAAACAAGAUAUUCCAGAAACCCAAUCAGAAAUCAUAUCAAUGAAAUCCACAUGAAUCAAUUAGACAAAGAUGCAGUCAAUUAGCAUAUUCAACACAAUAACAGAUGUACAAAAGAUGAUUACAAAUGAAGGCGGUUUCUUGGAUGAAAGUGAAUUUGAUAUCGUACCAAGCAAUGGAAGAGACAAUGUACAUAAUGACACACUGCAGAAGUUUUCUUUAUGUAUAAACCUUGGGCAUAUUCCUGUGAAUAAGGUGAAUUCAACAGUAAAUAACAGAAGAGUGAGUAUCUUUGGAGAUCAAUCAAUAGUAACACAGGAUGAAACUGGAAUGACCAGAAAUAUCUUUCAUGGGUUUUAUAGCAAAUUUAACCUCCCACCUGAUGUUGAUCCAGAAACUCUCAGCCUCAAUGUUUCUGGUAAAAACAGUGUUACCAUAAGUGGUUUUCGACAUAAUGUAAAGAUUGUUAAGACAAAAAAAUACUCAAAGAGCUCAGUGAUCUUCCCAAAAGGCCAAAGUAUCAGAUCAAGCAACUACAUUCAAAUGGACAUACCUGAAGACAUUAGCAAUGAAAGUUCAUACUCAUACUUCACAAUUGUUCCUGAGCAAGAACCUGCCCCUUUAAAGCCAUCCCAUCCUGAAGCAACUGACCUAAAAAAACAUGAGUCAUUAACUGGGGACCAACAAGAUGAUUUCUCACUACCUAAAUCUGAGCAACUUGAUAACUCCACAGUUCAAGCCUUGGACGGAGAUGAAGAUUCCAGGAAUGUACAGUCUCCCGCUUCAAGACAAAAGAAAGCAUCUUUACAUUUUCGUGAUCGGACCAAUAAAGGUAGUUCAUCAAAGGUCCCAAAAUCUUUUUCCAGCACAGAUGCUGUGGAUAGAAAAUCCUCAAGAUUCUUCAAACGCUCUCGCAAAUCUAAACCAGAAAUGCUCAGUGUGGAGACACAGACAGCUGAACCAGUUCAAAAUCCUCGAAGACUGCAAAAUACAGAUGUUAAGGAAAGUGAAAAGAAUGACCUUGUAAGAUUAGCACAUGAGACUCAAAAUCUUUUGGAUUCAUCGUUCAAAAAUAAACAAGAUAUCAUGGAAACAGAAACUCCAAUCAAGCAAAAUAUUAAACAGACCAGCUCAGUAAACAAGGUCCAAGCACAAAACAAACCGAAUGAUAUGAAAACUAGUGAACAAAAUAGGCAGGAAACUGAAAAAACCCUACAAGAGGACAAAUAUGUUGCAAUGUUUCAUCCGCAAGUGGCACCAGUUAAUCCUUGUCAAGAUGGACAAGAUUUUUUGGAAACCAAAUCAUCAUUCUCAAAAAAAAGCACUGAAAUUGACUUGCAAAAUGAAAAUAUAAAUUUGGAUAUCCACCCCAAUGAGCAGCAGCAUAUUCCAAAAUGUUAUCUCCAAGGUAGGGAAAUUCCUCAAGAAAUUCCAUUAGAUAUCUGGGUAGAUCAUCUCAGAUCUGAAUAUCGAAUCUGAAAUCGGAGAAGAUGUCAAAAAUUUCCCACUGCAAGUGACCAACAUUUUUUAGUUCCAUACAUUCAAUACAUCAAUAUUUAACGCCAGCUAAUUUAUUUGCAUAUUUCCUCAAAAUAAGCAAGGUUACCCAAAAUCUAAUGGCAAAUCAUAUAAGCCAGGAAAAUAAUCCAAUCUAAAACAGAACAUAUCGCCUGGACGUUACUCAGUCAUAUGCAGUGAAGAUUGAUAAUGUAGAUCCAAACACCAAUGGUAAGGAUUUCAGGAUAUCUGUUAAAAAAAAUUACCAUGAGGUUCACUGUUCAGUUUUAAGUAGAGCAAUGAUUUGUAAGAUGUUUCAGAAGACAGGAAUGAACUUUCAAAUAUUUGUGAAAAUCUUCCACAAAAACCCAGUGCAAUAUAUAUGAUACAUCAGUGUGCCAUUUUAUUGUGAUAUAUUUAUUCUUACUAACUCAAAAAAGCAUCCACCGCUGAAAAUGUUGCAAAGGAAGGGAUAUUCAACUUGUAGUUCAGUCUGAGAUUACAUCAUAAACAUAGGCAAAAUGACAAUUAAGUACUUAAGAUGUUUAAGGAACUAUUUCUUGGAACUUCUGGAGCAGUUACCUCAAGCAAUAAAAUGGAUUUUAUGUGGGUUUGGAACAUCAAGUAGCACUCUUCUGUUAUGUAGCAAUUUAAUAAAACUCAGACUCAAUAUUUGUUCCAGUUGUACAACUUGAUUUGAAUCUCAUGUGUGAUUGAAUCUAAAUUCUGCAUUAUAUUCAGUAAUGUAGUAACCCUAAGUAAUAAACACGACCACGUCACAAACUGACUCUCAAAAUUUAUAUGAGCUGAAAGAGUAAAGAUUUUAACAUUUAAAAGUGUAAUAGGUUUAUUUCCAGAACUAUAUUUCACAUAAUCACACACAUUAAUUAAUCCAUAAUGAAAUAAUGUCCCUUGCAAUGCAGGUCACAUGAGAGAGAAUUUGUUAUUUUAUUAAACAAAAUUAAUAUAUAUGCCGGUAGACAAAUACCAACCUGAUCUUCCUGUGGCUCAGCACUUCAACUCCCCCUCCCAUUCCGAAUCCGACCUUUCUGCCCUGGGCCUCCUCCAUUGCCAGAGUGAGCACCACCAGAAACUGGAGGAGCAGCACCUCAUAUUCCGCUUGGGCAGUCUGCACC